AUGGACGCGCUGGCCUGGCUGCUGCCCCCGCUCCUGAUGCUCUGCGCGCAGCAGCACCGCGGCGCCAGAGCAAUGAAUGAUAUUGGGGACUAUGUUGGUUCCAAUCUGGAGAUAUCCUGGCUUCCCAACCUGGAUGGCUUGAUAGAGGGCUAUGCUCGCAACUUCCGGCCUGGCAUUGGAGGGCCUCCUGUGAACGUGGCCCUCGCCAUCGAGGUGGCCAGCAUCGACCACAUCUCAGAGGUGAACAUGGAAUACACCAUGACCGUGUUCCUGCACCAGAGCUGGCGGGACAGCAGGCUGGCCUACAACCACACCAACGAGACCCUGGGCCUGGACAGCCGCUUCGUGGACAAGCUGUGGCUCCCGGACACCUUCAUUGUGAAUGCCAAGUCCGCCUGGUUCCACGACGUGACCGUGGAGAACAAGCUUAUCCGGCUGCAGCCUGACGGGGUGAUCCUGUACAGCAUCCGAAUCACCUCCACGGUGGCCUGCGACAUGGACCUGGCCAAAUACCCCAUGGACGAGCAAGAGUGCAUGCUGCAUCUGGAGAGCUAUGGCUACUCAUCCGAGGACAUCGUGUACUACUGGUCUGAGAACCAGGAGCAGAUCCACGGGCUGAACAAGCUGCAGCUGGCCCAGUUCACCAUCACCAGCUACCACUUUGCCACGGAGCUCAUGAACUUCAAAUCGGCUGGUCAGUUCCCUCGGCUCAGCCUGCAUUUCCACCUCCGGAGGAAUCGGGGCGUCUACAUCAUCCAGUCCUACAUGCCCUCCAUCCUCCUAGUUGCCAUGUCCUGGGUCUCCUUCUGGAUCAGCCAGGCAGCGGUGCCCGCCAGGGUGUCUCUAGGCAUUACCACGGUGCUGACCAUGACCACGCUGAUGGUGAGUGCCCGCUCUUCCCUCCCGCGGGCCUCGGCCAUCAAGGCGCUGGACGUGUACUUCUGGAUCUGCUACGUCUUCGUGUUUGCUGCCUUGGUGGAGUAUGCCUUUGCCCACUUCAAUGCUGACUACCGGAAGAAGCAAAAGGCCAAGGUCAAGGCCACAGAGCAGAGAACAGAGAUGGACGUGAAGAAUGCCAUUGUGCUCUUCUCCCUGUCGGCCGCUGGCGUCACCCAGGAGUUGGCAGUGUCCCGCCGGCCCUGCCGCACACCUGGGAACCUCAUGGGCACCUACAGGUGUGUGGAGAUGGAGACGGGGGAGGCCAAGAAGCGGGGCGGGCGCCGCUCGGGGGGCCAGGGAGGCCUCCGUGGGCUUUUCAAGCCCAUCGACGCAGACACCAUCGACAUCUACGCCCGCGCAGUGUUCCCUGCUGCCUUCGUGGCGGUCAAUGUCGUCUACUGGGCAGCCUACACCAUGUGAGGCUGCAGGUACCUAUCCUGGAUAGGCUGCUUCACCUAUCCUGGAGCCCACGGCCACCGGGCGAA